GCGCCGAACCCUCCCACGUGAUCGGCAAGUGCAGUGACGUAACAACCCAUGUCGGAAGUCGGCGACGUCUGGAAUAGUGUGAUGGCUGAGGCCUCUUUUCGUCAUCUAGGCAGCAGGAAGAAAAUGUUAGCAGAUUUAAAACUCUUCUAACUGAACGCGCCAGCGGGUCGGCUCGAUCCCCCUUCACCUCCCCCAAACCCAGACAUCUCUGGCCGGCACUUCAGUGCGCCGUGGAAGAAGUCGAAGUGGGGGGGGGGAAUAGAAAAUGUCACUGUUCCAAUCGGCGCUCGAUUUCCUCGCCGGGCCCGGCUCGGUCGGAGCGGCAACCAGGGACCAGAACGACUUUGUGGGGCAGAUGGUCGAGCUGGGCGAAAUGAAACUCCGGAUCAAGAGAGUGAUUGCUGAAGGUGGCUUCGCCUUUGUGUACGAAGCCCAAGAUAUCAGCAGUGGUAAAGACUACGCUCUUAAGCGGCUCUUGUCCAAUGAGGAUGAAAAGAACAAGGAAAUAAUACAGGAGGUUUGCUUCAUGAAAAAGCUGUCGGGACAUCCCAAUGUGGUCCAGUUCUGCUCGGCGGCUUCUAUUGGCAAAGAGGAGUCGGACACCGGACAGGCUGAGUUCCUCAUCCUUACUGAGCUGUGCAGAGGCCAGCUGGUGGACUUCCUGCGGCGGGUGGAGCAGCGGGCCCCCGUGUCCUGCGACACAGUGCUGAAGAUUUUCUACCAGACGUGCCGCGCUGUGCAGCACUUGCACAAGCAGAAGCCCCCAGUUAUGCACAGAGACCUCAAGAUUGAGAACUUGCUGAUUAGUAACCAAGGAACCAUUAAACUGUGCGACUUUGGGAGUGCCACCACUGUGGCACAUUACCCCGACUACAGUUGGUCGGCACAGAAGAGGUCCAUGGUGGAGGACGAGAUCACGAGGAACACCACUCCAGCGUACAGGACCCCGGAAAUGAUCGACCUGUACUCCAACCACCCCAUCAAUGAGAAGCAAGAUAUUUGGGCCCUGGGCUGCAUCCUCUACCUGUUGUGUUUUAAGCAGCACCCAUUCGAGGAGGGUGCUAAGCUGCAGAUCGUCAACGGGAAGUACUCCAUACCGCAGAAUGACACCAAGUACACAGUCUACCAUGAUCUCUUACGCUCCAUGUUGAAGGUGAACCCAGUGGAGCGUCUCUCAAUCACAGAGUUGGUCAACCAGCUUCAGGAAAUCGCUGCGGCACGGAAUGUCAACCCAAAGUCUCCUAUCAUUGAGCUCCUGGAGCAGAAUGGAGGUUUUGGGAGUCAUGGGGCAGAGGCUACAACAAUGACAGCACCGGUGGCACCCUCACAGAUACAACACAACUUACACAGCAAUGCAGGCAUAUAUGAUCCUGACCAAUCGGGGAGUGGCUUUCUGGACAUCCUCAAAGGAGGAACUGAGCGCUUCCUGACCAACAUCAAGGAUACCUCCUCCAAGGUUAUCCAGUCCGUAGCCAGCUAUGCCAAAGGUGAUCUGGAUAUGUCCUACAUAACCUCCAGAAUAGCAGUCAUGUCAUUCCCGGCUGAGGGGGUGGAGUCGGCAAUAAAGAACAACAUUGAGGAUGUGCGCCUCUUUCUGGAUUCGCGGCACCCAGGGCACUAUGCAGUCUACAAUCUCUCCAAGCGGUCAUACAGGCCGUCCCGCUUCCACAACCGGGUUUCUGAAUGCAAAUGGCAGGUGCGCCGUUCGCCUAACCUACGCAGUCUGUACAGUGUAUGUAAGAACAUGCACCAGUGGCUUAAGCAGGACCAGAGAAACAUCUGCGUGGUUCACUGCCUGGAUGGCAGAGCGGCAUCCGCUGUGGCUGUUUGCUCCUUCCUGUGCUUCUGUCGCCUCUUCACUACGGCCGAGGCGGCGGUCUACAUGUUCUCCAUGAAACGAUGUCCGCCUGGAAUAGCCCCCUCACACAAGAGGUACAUUGAGUACAUGUGUGAUAUGAUGGCGGAGGAGCCCAUCAUCCCGCACUGCAAGCCUGUGAUCAUCCACGCGAUCACCAUGACACCUGUGCCACUGUUCAACAAGCAGCGCAAUGGUUGUCGGCCCUUCUGCGAAGUUUAUGUUGGCGAUGAGAGGGUCCUCACCACUUCGCAGGAGUAUGACAAGAUGAAGGAUUUUAAAAUUGAGGACGGAAGAGCAGAGAUUCCCUUGAAUGUGACUGUGCAAGGAGAUGUGUUGGUGGUAAUUUACCAUGCCAGGUCCACACUGGGAGGACGUCUGCAGGCUAAGAUGGCCUCCAUGAAAAUGUUUCAGAUCCAGUUCCACACAGGUUUUGUCCCCAGAAAUGCCACCACUGUGAAGUUUGCCAAGUACGACCUGGAUGCCUGCGACAUCCAAGAGAAAUAUCCAGACCUUUUCCACGUCAACCUGGAUAUCGAAGUAGAGCCCCGGGACCGACCUAGUGCCAAGACCCCACCAUGGGAAGACUUCCAAACCAAGGGCCUGAACCCCAAAAUCCUCUUCUCAUCUCGCAAUGAGCAGCAGGAGAUUCUCAGCAAGUUUGGUAAACCGGAACUGCCUCGUCAGCCCGGAUCCUCAGCAUUCUAUGACUCCAGUUUACAACAGCAGCCUGAGGAAAAGCCGGAAAACGUUACCACCACAGAAAUGGAAUCUCCCAUGAGCAGUGACACGAACGCCAAUAACUUCUUCCAGACGUUGGCUUGGGAAGAUAUUGGCGGGUCUCAGGAGGCCACGGGGAAGCAAAUGGGGGGAUCUACGAAUGACCAAGAAGACCUGAGUGACCAGUCAGAAGAAGAGUCCUACUCUUACUCGGCCCCCAGCGGAGAGCCUCUGUCGCGGGACACGAGCGAACCGCUCUUUGAAGCCGACUUCCAGGCUCCAACCCCCUCUGAGGAGUUUCCAGCCAAUGACACAGCCGACCUGUUAGGUUUGAACUCUGAACCCGAAUUCCCUCCGUCAAUGUCCUCAGCAGGCCUGAAGGCCUCGUCCAGCCACAGUGACCUCCUCAACGACCUGUUUGUGUCACCAGCUGGACACAUGGCAGCUGAGGAGGACUUGUUCUUUGGCACCUCCAAACCCGUGGGCGACCCGUUUGACCCGUUCGGAAUGGGGUCCAGUUCUAGUGUGGCCUCAAGUGUGGGUUCAUCACAGCAGGCCUCUGGCCCAGACCUCUUCGGGGACUUGAUAGGUUCCGACAGCUCGGCACCGAGCAGAGCCGCUCCAACUUCCAAUGCUAGCCUCUUAAAUCUCAAUAAAUUAGUGAACAACUCUCCCAAGAUGUCAUCAUCAGCCAGUCACCCAGACCUUCUGGGAGGGUGGGACAGCUGGGCGGCGAGCACAUCUACGGGCAUGAGCUCCACUGCCAGAAGGCCCACCUUCAACAGUACAGCUUCUAGCAUGUCCUCCAUAUCCAAGGCCAAGUCUCAGACCUUCGAUCCCUUCGCCGACUUAGGGAACCUGGGCUCCAAUUCACCAAGUUCCAGUAACAGUAACUUCUCUAGGCCUACCAAAGCAACACCGUCGUCAUCGUCUUCUUCCUCUUCGUCAUCCUGGCAGCCUAGCAGAGCCCCCCAGAACAAGCCCUGGCAGUCUGGAUCAGGGUCUGCAUCCAAAGCAUCAGCAGCCUCCCAGCAAGCUGGCCCCCAAGUCAACAAGCCCAACUACAACCUUAACUUUCCAAGUGUCAUCGGAGGGCGUGAGGAGAGAGGUGUUCGGGCUCCUGGAUUCGGCCCCAAGCCCAAAGUAAAGGAGGAUGACUUUGGGGACCUGCUGUCCACUCAGGGCUUUUCCUCCAAGACAGAUAGAAAAGGGCCAAGGACCAUUGCUGAAAUGAGACGAGAGGAGAUCACAAAAGAAAUGGAUCCCCUGAAACUGCAGAUCUUGGACUGGAUUGAGGGCAAGGAGAGGAACAUCCGUGCACUGUUGUCUACACUGCACACAGUGCUAUGGGAGGGUGAGACCCGCUGGAGGCCGGUGGGCAUGGCUGACCUGGUGACACCCGACCAGGUGAAAAAGUUCUACAGGAAGGCCGUCCUGGUGGUCCAUCCAGAUAAGGCGACUGGUAAGCCUUACGAGCACUACGCUAAGAUGAUCUUCAUGGAGUUGAAUGACGCCUGGUCAGAGUUUGAGAACCAGGGAUCCAAAGCCCUCUUUUAGGAGGAAAAACAAAACUUAAAAAAUGACAACCACACAACAAAGAAGCCAGUCCGGGCCAGGACUGGAUUUGAACAAAUAUUGAGCCCCCCUGGGGCCUGAUUGGACAGGACAAGACUGAACCCACAUUGGGCCUUCCUUUUUGAGGGGGGUAGUUGCACAGCCUCUGGGAGGUGUCCUCUCUUUCCCUCCCUUCACUUUCUCUACACAUCGUUACACCUGUGAAAAAAAAAAAAAAUCCCUCUUCACUGCCGACUUGCUGCAGAAAUCCAAGGAGUGACAAUCAAAGAGAGAACAAGGAAUUCCGGAAUGCUGACGAACCAUCGCAAAUUUCACAGACAAGAAAAAAAAAAAAUAUAUGCUAAAAUGCUAACAACUGAUGUGUUGGUGCCUGUCAGUAUUGCGGACAAGCGUACAAAAUAGCUGCCAAACAAAUGGACCGCUUCUGAAAUUGCAAUUGCUUUGUUUGCACUCAUACCUAAAUUAGUUAGCCUUGUGCUCAUUUCUGACAACAAAGCAAAACCCACAUGAACAAAAGUGCUCUUUUUCUUUUUUCUUUAAGCAGUCUACUCGUGCUAUGCUUCGUUGCUAACUACUAACGAUUAGGCUCUUAAAAGAUGCACUGUGGUGAGAUUUUGGUUAGUGCUAGUGCCUGUUAGCACUACAGCUUUUUACUAGCUUCUGCGGUUAACGUUGGUUACUAGUGUCUGAGUUGAUGAUUUUUUGAUUGGCGUCCAUCAACCGGAACAGGGUGCGUGAUUGAUCCACUUUCUGUAUUUUGGGGGGUAAUUAUUGUACGUAUAAAGCAUCCAUCAAGUGACUUUGUGAGGGUUAUAUUUGCGUGGCAGGUCUGUGUAUGUGUGUGAUUUUUAAGAAUGACAUUACACCCUGUUGAUAAUUGA